AUGGCUUAUCUAGAUUUAAAUGCCCCUUUAAGAUCAAAUCAAUCAUUUCGAGACAAACAGGACUCAUUUUAUCACAAAGACUCAAGUCCCUUAGAGGAAUUUCCAAUUGAUAUAAUUUCUACAGUGGUCCUUGAGUAUAUGCAUAAUAUUUGUUUAGGGGUUAUGAAGAAGCUAAUUGUAUUCUGGGUAAAAGGUAAAAAACCUGUUCGUUUGGUAGAUCCGAACGCUGUUUCAGAAGAAUUGAUUAAUCUUAAAUGUUAUUUACCAUCAGAAUUUAAUCGCUUGCCCAGAUCACUUGAAGAAUGUGAACAUUGGAAGGCAACAGAAUUUCGCACUUUCCUUCUCUAUACGGGCCCUAUUGUAUUAAAAGGACGAUUGAAAAAACCACUAUUUAAACAUUUUAUGCUUUUAAACUAUGCCAUAAGACUUCUUAUUUCUUCAGAAAAUUGUUAUACCCAAAAUAAUUUAGCUAAAGACAUGUUAAAAAGAUUUGUACAGGAAUAUGGUUCUCUUUAUGGUGAAGGAUAUGUUGGAUAUAAUGUUCAUGGUCUGAUACAUCUAGCUGAUUUUGUUUUGAUACAUGGCCAUUUGGAUUUAUUUAGCGCAUUCAAGUAUGAAAACUAUUUACAGUUUUUAAAAAAAAGUUGUAAAAAUGAUAGAUUUCCUCUCCAAGAUGCAUAUAACCGCAUCAUGGAAAAUAUUGAAAUUCAAAUUAAUAAAAUUAUAUCUCCAAUAAUAUAUCCUACAUUGAAACGAGAGUCAACAUUUAAUACUAAUUCAAAUAAUUCAUUAACUGAAACUAUGUAUGAAGAAGUUGUAUUAGAAAAAUUUUUGAGAUUAUAUUUUGCACACAGGGCUCUUUAUAAUUAUAUGAAACAUAGAUUUAAUCAUCUGCCAAUCGAACGAAAUAUAAGCAUUGAUGAACAAAUGGUUCCUUUUAAAGGUAAACUUGCUCCAAAACAAUAUAUGAGAGGUAAACCUCAUCCUUGGGGUAUUAAAUUAUUUAUAAUGUGUGGUUCAAGUAGAAUAGUGUAUGAUUUCAUCAUGUUCCAAGGUAGUAGUACUGAAUUAGACCCUGUUAUUCAAAAUCUAUUUGGCCAAGGUGAAGCAGUAGUAAUGAAAUUUAUAGAACGUCUGGAAGAAAAUAGACAUUUUUUGUAUUUUGACAAUUACUUUACCUCUUAUAAUUUAUUGUCUGUACUAGCUGACAGGAAAAUCUAUGCUGCUGGGACCAUUAGAGUCAAUCGAUUUGCUAACCCUCCACUUAUAACAGAUAAAUGCUUAUCAAAAAUGGGUCGUGGAACUUCUUAUGAAGUAUCUGAAAUAGCACAAGGCCAAAAAGGUGAAAUAGGUCUCAUAAAAUGGUUUGACAAUAAAGGAGUUAAUCUGGGUUCAAAUUUUAUAACAUCUGGUGAACCUGAAACAAUCAAGCGCUGGGACAAAAAACAUAAAAAAUUUGUGGAUGUUGAAAGACCAGAAGUCAUUGGCUUAUAUAAUAAGUCAAUGGGAGGAGUAGAUGUCCAUGAUCAACUUGUCAGUUUUUAUAGAACUUUUAUCAAGUCUCGAAAAUGGACAUUGAGGUUAAUUGCUCAUGCUUUUGAUAUGGCUUCUGUUAAUAUAAAAAAGAUAUUCGACACUAUGCAAUUUUAG